AUGAGCUCUUUUGGUUUCUGUAUACGAGAUGACAGGGGAGACAUAAGAUAUGCUAGAGCAAAAGGGAUAGGCAUUACAACUAAUACAGAGGUAGAGGUUCUUGCAAUACAUAAGGUAUUAGAAUAUAGCUAUUAUAAUGAUCUGAGGGGAAUAACAAUAGAAACAGAUUCUUUAAGUCUGAAAAAGAUGCUACUAAAUCAGUGGAAGGUACCAUGGGAAAUAAUCAAGAGGAUAGAAGAUAUUAGACAGAGAUUGCAGCAGCUAGAUGCGAGAAUCAUACAUAAUUUUAGGGAAGGGAAUACGGUGGCAGAUUCACUAGCAAACGAGGUGAUUGAUACGCAAUACACAACAGAGUACAACAAUUUUCAAGAGCUACCAAGCUACAUAAGAAGAUUAAUCAACAUGGACAAAGCACAAAUACCUAAUUUGAGAAUCAGAAACAGACAUAUCAACACACAAAGUCAGGAACAAUGA